UGUGGUGAGUCUUGGAUCUCCUAUAGUCCCGUCAACAUGGCGCGCUUCACAACGUUACAAUGCGUAAUUGUCAUUGCAUUCUUCGUUCAAACCUUGAUUUAUACUGUUGAAUGUAGUGACAAAAGGAUAAUCAUCUACGUGCCCCGGCGCAUCAAGACGGUGCAUCACCACCAUCACCACGUGGUGCUGAUGGAUCCAAAGAGCAAAAAGAUCAUGCAUACCAAACCGUACUCGGGCAGGUCGUUGAUGGCCGGGGGCUAUCAUCAGCAGCAGCAGCAGCAGCAGUACACACAGCACCACCAACAGCAGCAGCAAAUGUACAAGCAGGAGCAGCAGUACCUACAAUCCGUCCCGGUCGUCGACCAUCCUUCGUCGUACCAGGAACAGCGGAAAGCCAUCGGCGCCAACGUGCUGCUGUUGCCGGCCGCUCAAAUGCCGGUAGUCCACGUGCCGGUAGCCUACACCGCGUGGCCGGCCAGGAAAAAGAGGUCCAGUGCCGUCGAUCAGUUUUAUACGCAUUGAACGUCUUGUCGGCCGGUCUCGUUGAACGCGUUUAAUUUAUUCCCUCGAUACCCACAGACACAUCAUUCAUCAUAUUUUUUUAUUUAUUUUUUUUUAUUGUUUUCGUACGAUUUCAUCGCAACAAAUUAACAUGUUCCAAGUUUAAGGUGUGCAAACUCGUGUUCGAUUCCACUGUUCACUUAUCCGUCUUCAUGCAAACAUGUGACGUUAAUAUAUAAUGAGCUCAGACUUUGUCUCAGCUUUGACUCUCCCUUCCCACAAAUAUGACUGUAUCAAUGAACUAACUAAACACAUUUACGUGGAAUUAUUAAACAUGUUUUAUCAACACACGUAACUUGCCGCUUUAACCUGUACAAAUUAAGUGUUUUAUCAGAACGUUUGUUAUUAAUCGUUUCCCGUAAUAGGAAAUAUUUCAUAAAAAUAGUAAUGUCCAAUUAAAUUUAUAAGAAAAAAAAUCGCUCAAAAUAUUGAAAAUGUACUAUUGGAAUAUCAAUUAUUAUCUAACCAUAUUAUUACAUUAUUUAUAAUGUUAACGUCUUCAUGGUUGCCGGUUUUCCAUACUGUAUAAAAGAAAAUGUUUUAAUAUUUGACACUUUUAUUACGUAAU